AUGCCGAGCACCCCGAAGCUCAGCGAUGCCGCUAUCGCGAUCAGCAAGGCUUUGGGUGACCAACUUGGAGUCGAGUUCGGGAUCUUCGGCGGCUUCGCCAUAGCUGUCCUUGGAGGACCGAGAGAAAGCAAGAACAUCGAUUGUGUUGUGAAUUGCAGCAAAGAAUGGCUUGUGAACAACCUGGGGAAGAUAGAUGGCUUCCGAUCGACAGGCAACUCUCGGCCUGACCUAGCUUCAUUCUUAUACGGUGAAAAUCAUGUCCUCCUCGAAUGCUUUCCCACCUCCAUGGAACAACUUGAGACAAUGCGAGUCGAAGUCCGCGGAGAAAAAGCUGGUCUUGGACAGACUGCAAUCUUGGACCCAGUGCUCUGCUUCAAGGGCAAAUUGCAAGCGGCUGCGACCAGAGCCAAAUUCUCCGAUGCGGUCGGUUUACUCUUCCUUGAAGGGCAGCACGGACAGAUGCUUCGAGACCGGAACAAGGAAUUCAACAGGUACCAUGUCGGCAUGGCCAUGAAGAGAUAUCCCCAUCUGGAGCUUGCAUUCGUCAGGCUUGGAGUGAAUAUGGAAGCUUGCAAAGCCGUUGCGAAAGAUGUUGACGUCCACGUCAUCGAGACACGCCCGCCAGAGCCGCAUUCGGUCCAGAAUGCGCUGCUGUACAAUAUGCGGGUGGCGUGA